AUGAAAUAAUAAAACUUUAUUAAACCUUUCCCUGCUUUUAAUACCUUUAUAAAUGUUUUAAUGGCUUCUGGACCUAUCUUAUUGCCAAUGAGCUCUGCAAAAGUGGGUUAUGGUUAUGCCUCCAUAUCGCUUACAAUUUGUUGUCUCAUUAGUAUAAUAGCAUGCGAUUUCAUUGUGGAGGUAGCUGAAUAAUCUGUAUUUAGACUAGGCUCUCUAUUUAGCUGAUCAAAUUGAUAAAGAGACUGAUUUGAUGAGUAGAUUGAAUAUUUAGGCAACUCAUACCGUUUCUGAUUCGACAGAAGAAAUAUCGUCAUCUUAACCAAUGGAAUCGAAAUAUGCUUUGUAAAGUCAAUUUGAAUAUGGAUCUAUGGCUAAAUUGUUUUAUGGAAAAUGGGCUGAAUACUUUACAGUAUCAAUUAUUGUGAUCUAUUUAUAUGGAGCAGUAGUAGCAAAAGGAGUGAUGGUUGGAAAUUCCUUAUCGUAAUCAUCUAUAUAUUAAUAUUCACAAUAGUUCAGUUUUUAAAGGUAUCACCCUUGUUGAAUAAUAUUGGUUUUGGAUAGUCACAUUUUUUGUACUUUGUGGAAUACUUUCGUUCAAAGAUGUUGCUAGCAUUUAAAUAGUCUAAACAAUUGUUGCCUUAGCUCGUUAUUUAACAAUUCUUUCCAUGCUUAUAGGAUCUAUCCAAUAAAUGAGUACUUAAAAAGAAAUUUAAGAGAUGUAAUGGUUCAAUAUUGAUGCAUUACCAUAAAUGAUUUCAACUGCAAUUUUUGCAUUUUUGAUGCAUCAUUCAUCACCUGGUAUGUUAAGACCAGUUAGACCAACUUCAGCUAUUAGAAAGAUAAUCUUUAUCAGCUUUAUAUUUGGUUUAUUCACUUUUCUAUUUGUAUGUUUGACUGCCAUAUUGGCAUUUCCAUUAAAAGAUCUUGCAGCAGCCAGCUUUUAUAAUUAACUAUUUAAUUAAGGUAGUUUGAAAUGGGCUUAUUAUAUUAUAAGCUUUUAUAUGUUUUUAAAUAUAGCAGCAUUACCUGUAUUAACUAUUACAAUUAGAAAAAAUCUAAUGAAAUUAGUUGUUCCUCAUUUAGUUCCUAAAGAUAAUCUAAAAAUUACUUUACCAAGUGCUAUAUUCACUUUACUUAUUGUUGUACCUUGUGCAUUACUUGCCAUUGGUAACUCACUUUAAUAUAAACUAAGUGCUUAAAGAUGACAUUGAAAUUAUAGUUGGUCUAACAGGAGGAGUAUGUGGAGUAUUCAUUUUAUUGACCAUUCCAGCUGCUUUAGUAUUACAAGGUCGUAAAAAACAUAAUGUCAAAUACUCAGAUAAUCCAUACAUUUCCAAAUUCUAACAUCCUUUCUGGAUUUGGGCAUUGAUUGUACUUGGUUGUGUGUUUGUGCCAUACAAUCUCUACAUGCAAAUUAAAAAGAUCAUUGAUCAUUAUGGUUGAUCACAUUAUUUGUCCCAUAAAU